UGUUCAUUAAGUUAGAAUUACUCCUCUUAUUAAUUACUGUCUAAAAUGUUGUUUACUAAUGUUGGGCAAUGCUUUAUAACCCCUGGUCUGCGAGCCGUGGAGCUGUGAGAGAGGAGACUGUGACAUUAUUGUUUUUAUUACAAAUUUGGCUUCCUCUGCAGCUCUAAUGGAAGCGAGCAGCAGAGUGAUGGUGCAGGUGUUGUUGUUGGCGUUGGUGGUUCAGGUCACCCUGUCCCAGCACUGGUCAUAUGGAUGGCUACCAGGUGGAAAGAGAAGUGUGGGAGAGCUGGAGGCAACCAUCAGGAUGAUGGGUACAGGAGGAGUGGUGUCUCUUCCUGAAGAGGCAAGUGCUCAAACCCAAGAGAGAUAUAGACCAUACAAUGUAAUUAAUGAUGAUUCCAGUCAUUUUGACCGAAAGAAAAGGCUCACUAAUAAUUGAAGAGCUACAAAAAAAGAAAAGAAACACAGAUUAUAUUUGCAUCAUCAUCAACACCAGUGAUCGUCUGGAUCGUCUGAGUGCAGGAUACUGACUUCAACUAAUCAUCGCAUUUAUUGCACAGAUGUCAAUUAUAUGUAUGUCUGUAACAUUUAAAUCCAUUUCAGAUUGUAAUAAAGUUUUUGAAAUCUGAUGAAAUUAUCAA